ACCUUUGCCAUGACAGGUGCGCUUGCUUGGCAGGUCUAAAACCCUAAAUAAAAAGAUUCAAUGUUUGGUUUCGUGGAUGGCACGGGAUUGGUUGAUACUCGUUCUUGGCCCGGCUUUCCUUCUCUUCGGACUAGAUUUUGAUCUACUGAAAAUUGAACAAAGGAGAUGAUAUGGGAAACAACAACGCCACUGCCAUUUUAACAGAUCAAGAAGAGAGGUCAAAGCUAGAAACCAAUGGAGUGUCUCCAUUGGCCUCUUCCGUAGAUACCACGCAAGACCAGGUGUUUUUUGCUGGUGAAGGUGAAGAAAAAGAUGGAGAUGAAGAGAAUGAGAGCUCAAAGCUAGAAACCAAUGGGAUGUCUCCAUUCGACUCUGUUUCUUUAGAGACAGCGCAAGAUCAAGUGUUUCUUGCAGGGGAAGAAAAAUAUGGAGAUGAAGAGAAUAAGAGUUCAAAGCUAGAAACCAAUGGAAUGUCUUCAUUGGAAUCUGUUUCCGUAGAGAUCACGCAAAAGAAGGUGUUUCUUGCGGGUGAAGAAAAAGAUGGAGAUCAAGAGAAGGAAAUCUCAAAGCUAGAAACCAAUGGAAUGUCUCCGUUGGACUCAAUAUCCGUAGAGACCAGGCAAGAUCAGUUGUUUCUUGCUGUUGAAGAAAAAGAUGGAGAUAAAGAGAAAGAGAGCUCAAAGCUAGAAACCAAUGGAAUGUCUCCAUUAGACUCUAUGUCCUUAGAGACCACACAAGAUCAGUUGUUUCUCGCAUGUGAAGGAAAAGAAGGAGAUGAAGAGAAAGAGAGUUUGUCUAAUGGUGUUGAAGAAACAGAACAACAUAGCAAGGAACUUGUUGAUGAAUGGAAAGUAAAAAAAUUCAAAGAAGAGAUGGACCAGAGUGGCUUGGUAAUGGAAACAGCUGAGAAGCUUCAAAAACAGACAUCAGUUGCGAAAGGUGUUGAAACUUUGAGUGAAGCAAGAGAAGUGGAAGAGUUGUCUAUGAAGGGAACUCAAAGUGUUGUGAGCAAAUUGAAUUCGACAGAUUCUGAUAAUGAAGAGAAGCUCUGUGUGAUUGAUGAGAUUGUCUUUAUAUCUCCAAGCUCUCUUGGAACUGUUGGAACUGAAGAAAACAUGGUGAAUGAGUCUCUGGACGAAAUUGUUCAUUCAGAGGAAGUUGUAAAGCUUGAUCAAGAGACUGGUAUGGAACAGAGGACAGGAAGGGAAGGGUUUCCUGAAAUCGAGCCACAGGAGAUUCUGAAUCUGGACUAUCUCGUUGUUCAUGAUGAAGAAGUUAAAGAUGAAGGAACAGUCGAUAAGGCGAUCUCUAACUCUAAUCCUGGUUCGCAAGAGUUAAAUGCAAUUCAAGAGACCAGUCUUGGAGUUUAUAAAGAAGAGAAGAACAAAAGAGAAGCGAGUCUAAAACGCAUGUAUAGAUGUAGAUCGCUACCAGUGAGCCAGAAUAGUAGAAUUAUCGGAGAUUCGCUGGUUCAACAGUUAGUUUCAGAGGUUGUGUUUCCUUCAAGAAACAAGAUGGGUUUAGAGAAAGCUAACACGGCCGAGGCUCUACUUGUUCCUUGCGUAGAAAGCAACAAAGCGCAAGAAACUAUUGAAGUGAUAACUAAAAGCAAUAAAGAAGCUAGACUUGAGAUGCGAGCACCUACUUUCGGUCAUGACCUAAGAAUCGAAGAAAGAAGCGAUGAAUCGACAGAGAAUACUCCGCUACUCUGUGAGGACAAGACUGAGAUAUACGAGGCAACAAUCGAUGUGGAAGAGAAAACUGUGAUGCUGAAGAGAAGUGAGUCUGUGAAAUCAAGAGGCAGCGAGAGGUCUCUAGGGUUGUUGAAGAAACACAAUGAUAGCAUCAAAGAAACCAAGGGCUCAGAAGAAAACUUGGUGGACAAGAAAGCUUCACCGGAUUCUAUGAAAGGCAUAGUCAAAAAACGAAGUAAAUCUUCGCUUUUGGGAACAUGCCUUUGUUGCACCACCGCAAUGAAUUGAACUAAUUAUUUUGUGAUUUGAUGGUUUUUUUUUUUUUUAAUUAUUGUUUUGAGAAAUUUGGGAGAAAACAAAUGAAAGUGUGGAUUGGGUUUUCUGUAUACUUGAGAUGGGAUUUUCUGUUUGAGGGAUUUUGGUAAAGUAAAGUUUUACUGCCUUU